GAGUGCGUUCAGUACGGUGAACAUUUUUGGAAGGUGAAGAACAGAGCAUUUUCAGUUUAUUUCGACUGCGAACAGUGGAGAGUACAUAUAUACGUGAUCGCAGUUCCAUUGCCACAGCAUGCUCGGAUCUACUUCCAUGUACUGCCUGCUUUUACUGCUGAUGCCUUCUGCCAGCCUGGCUGUCUACGAUCAUUAUCGGCUGCCCACCGCCCUGGAGCCACAGCACUAUGAUAUACGCAUCCUGACCCACCUGAAUGCCUCCGACCUGCGCUUCGAGGGGGCUGUGAGGAUCGAUCUGCUUGUCCUCCAGGCCACCAGAAACAUCACGUUGCAUGCGCGGAAUUUGCGGAUAGACAAGUCUGGCAUUUCGCUUACUGGUGGAGAGGAGAGGCAGUGCCUCUCCGACAUGGAUAUCGAGCUGAAUGAGGUAUACGACUACUACACGCUGCACCUGUGUCGGGAUCUGGAGUUGGGUCAGACCUACCAGCUGACGAUGCACUUUGAGUCGUCGCUGAAUGCAACAGAGUCGGGCUACUACAACAGCUCCUACACGGACGCGGCAUCCCAAGAGAAACAUUACUUGGCAGUCACACAGUUCUCUCCGACGUUUGCCCGCCAGGCGUUUCCCUGCUUCGAUGAACCCCUAUGGAAGGCCACUUUUAACGUGACCCUGGGCUACCACAAACGCUACACGGGCCUCAGCAACAUGCCGAUCCUCCAGUGCGGAAAGCAUGAAAGCCUCCUUGACUAUGUCUGGUGCGAGCACGAACAACUGUCGAGGACAUCCACCUACCUGGUGGCCUUUGCGGUCCACGAUCUGACCAACGCGGCCACCGUGCAGAGCGACACCAAGAACAGGGUGAUCUUCCGCAAUUGGUUACAGCCCAAGGCGGUGGAUCAGGCCAACUUUUCCAUCGCCAUGGCCCCAAGAGUUAUCGGCUACUUUGAGGAUCUCUUUCGGCUGGACUUUCCGCUGAGAAAGAUCGACCAGCUGGCAGCGCCCACCCACAGGUUCUCGGCCAUGGAGAACUGGGGACUGGUCACCUUCAAAGAGGCCAAGUUCGUGCACAGCCCGAAUGAUCUGCAGGUGGCAAGGGAUGGCAAGGCCAAGACGUUGGCCCACGAGUAUGCUCAUCAGUGGUUCGGCAACCUCGUGACCAUGAAAUGGUGGAACGAUCUCUGGCUGAAGGAGGGCCCAUCCACGUACUUCGCGUAUCUGGCCCUGGAUGCCCUGCAGCCCGAUUGGGGUUGCGGCGAGCGAUUUAUAGGCGAUGACUUGGAACGUUUCUUUCUUCAGGAUUCGGCCAGCUCGGCGCGCGCCAUUUCCCGAGAGGUGAAGGAUCCUGCGCAGAUCCUCGGGCAGUUCUCAGAGUACGUCUAUAAGAAGGGCGCCCUGAUCAUGCGCAUGCUGCACAAGAUGAUCGGCGAGGAGGCCUUCUUGCUGGCCAUUCGCUCCUAUCUCUCCGUACACUCCUUCGGAAAUGUGGAGCAGGCUCAUCUGUGGCAGUCCAUGCAGGCGGCAGCCGUGGAGGAGAAGGUUCUACCCCCUGACUUCAAUCUUGGUCGAGCCAUGGACUCGUGGACGCUGCAGGGGGGCUAUCCACUGGUCAACGCUGUUCGGGACUACGAAACGGGAAGCGUGAGCCUCAAUCAAACGAGAUUUUACCUGGAGAAAGGCCUGAGGGAAGGCGCCGCCACAGGCAACUGCUGGUGGGUGCCGCUGAGUUUGGUCUCCCAAAACGAUCCCGACUUUGAGCGCACUCGUCCCCAGUCUUGGCUGGAGUGUCCCACCUCUGCACACACAGUGGAACUACCCCUCAGUACAGCACGCAAUGAGUGGUUCAUUCUGAAUCCCCAGGUCAGUGUCAUCUAUCGGGUGAACUAUGACGAGCACAACUGGAGGAUGAUCAUCAGUACUCUGGCAAAUGAUCCAAGCUUUGGGGGCAUCCCCGUGUACAACAGAGUCCAGCUAAUGGAUGAUCUGAUGGCCUUGGGUGCGGUAAAACUCCUCAGCUACGACUGGGCCUUCGACCUUUUCGAGUAUCUGCAGAGGGAGGAGGAGUUCCUGCCCUGGAAGAGAAGUCUGGGCCUCUUAGACCGCCUUGGAAUGUUAUUGAGUGGUCGGCAGGCAACAGAGUUCAAGGUUUACAUGGCAAAGCUCCUCACAGCGCCGUAUAGCCGCCUGCCCAAGCUGGGCGCCAUCACGAGUAUGGCCUCGACCAACAGGGAGGUGUCCUUAAUGCGGCUGAUCUACGCUCAGGCCUGUCGCUACCGCGUGGACGACUGCGUGGCCCAGGCCAGGCAGGCCUUUUUGCGAGAUUCAAAUGGUUUCCUGGAGCUUCCCGCCGACUUGCAGGAGGUGGCCUACUGCACCGCCAUCGAGCAGGGCGGCGAAGCGAACUUCCAGCACGUGAUGCAGCUCUUCAGGAACUCGACGAAUGCCCCCCAGCAGGGAAUCUAUGCGUCGGCUCUUGGCUGCAGCCGCAACAUCAGUCUGCUUGGGGAGUUCCUCGACUACACGCUCCAGUCCGAGAAGGAAGAAGUCAGCGAUUGCUACAUGCUGACCGUGAAGACCGCACUGACACGUGAGAACGUGGCCAUCGAGGCGGCCGACCACAUUCUGUCCCAUGCCAAAAGACUCACCGAAAAGUUCAAGAAACGGCAGCUGACGAGCCUCCUGCAGACCCUGGCUGGAAAUCUGUACAGACCCGAAGAUUCGGCAAGACUGAAGGAGCAAUUGAAGGACCUGAAGCAGUUCGAGGAGCCCCUCCAGAAAGCCCUCGAUAUGGUGAAGGUGAACCAGCAAUGGCAAAGGGAUUGCUCCGGCGAUUUCAGCCAGGCUCUGGGGAGGCAUAUCUAAGAACCAUACACAGCCCAUGUCCAAUAAACGGGGAAAUCCCCCUCCUUUCGCAAGUUCUUGAAGGAACGAACGUAGUCCGAGCCAAAUGGCGACACGCGUCAAGUCAGUCUCAGGCUCAGGGCUGUCAGGGCCCCCUUGUUCUUGGUAUUAAUUAAGGCAAUGGUGAUGAAAUCUUGGAACUAGCAUUGAAAGGAGGAGCUGGCCUCACGGGCUGUCAGAAACGGGCCCUGUCCCGGCUUUGACUUGUAAAUUGCUUGACACGGGACACACACCGACACUAUCCAUCUCUCCACCUCUCCAGUCCCUGGACUCCGCCUCGGAACACAAACAGACGUUCUGGCAUUUGACGUUUACACGGGUACGUCAUAACAUGUCCUGCCCUCCCCCCAUGGGUGGAAAUCGGAAUCGAAAUGGAGAUGGCAGUGCCAGUGGCACUGGAUCAGGAGAUGAACAAUGGGAAAAAGUUGUCCCCGCCAUUUACUUAUCCCUUUUGUUUGGCUUGGAGCUACUCCGAGCUGCUGUCAUCUCUGCUCCAUCGACGGCUGCCAAUUAGUGAAAUUAAUCGUUUGCAAUUGAUGUGCCAAAGGGAUAAAUGGAUGGCACUGGCAACAGGAGACGAGACUUAGGGCAUCAAUCAGUUGAAAGUAUCUGUCAGCUUCCACUAUUAUGAGGGCAUUGUGCAAUCUUGUAUCAAUUACACAUCACAAUGCAUUUGACAACAGAUCUAGGCUACUACUGCGAGUAUAAGCAGGCAAUUAGAAACAAUUGACUGAACUAAAUGGAUAUAGAUUGACAUUGAGGGGAUUCCUGCCCAAAGAGAUAAUUGUAGAUUGGGUAAUCCUUGCUUUCGCUUUAAAGCAAAUGCCUUCGAGUACUCAUUGGAAAACCAUUGAUGAUGAAACCACAAAGAGAAUCGUUGGUCAUACAUAUGUAAGCCAAUAAAGGUUCGAGUAUAUGUACAGAGUACAUAUCACAUAAA